CAUUUUUUGAUUUUUUUUUAUCUCGGCGUCAAAUUAUUAAUUCAUCUUUCGCCCUUUCGGUUUCAUUAUUAUCUUGUUUUAUACCUAACAGCUUCAUCUUUCAUUUCACAGUAUCAUUAUUUAUUAUUUAAUUUCAAAUAAACUUCACACAAUGACAACCAUUGCCAAAGAUGUGGUAAUAGCUGACGAAUCGGCGAAAACGCUGGAGUUGGAGAAACACAUUAAAUUCAUUCAAAAAUAUUCUGAAGACAGGAAUAGCUAUGAAUAUUGCAUGACAGAGUAUUUAAGAAUGUCUGGUCUGUAUUGGGGAUUAACAACUUUAUCAUUGUUGAGCAAAGAAACUCUGCUAUCAGCCGACGAGGUGAUGAAAUUUUUAUUGGACUGUGUGCACGAAGAAGGAGGCAUAAGUCCUAGUAUAGGUCAUGAUCCGCAUUUGUUACAUACACUCAGCGCUAUACAAGUCGCUUGCAUAUUGAAAAGAGAAAACGAAUUACCCGUGGAUAAAAUAGUGAAUUACAUUAGAAAUCUACAGCAACCAAAUGGAGGUUUUUUUGGUGACAAAUGGGGUGAAUUGGAUUCUCGAUUUUCAUUUUGUGCUGUCGCUAGUUUAUCAUUAUUGAAAAGAUUAGAUGCCAUUGAUAUUCCAAAAGCUGUCGAAUACGUGAUGUCAUGUCAUAAUUUUGAUGGUGGAUUUGGAUCAAGACCUGACUCAGAAAGUCAUGCUGGGUUAAUUUACUGCUGUGUGGGGUUUCUUUCGUUGACUGAUAAUUUGCACUUGAUAAAUCCCGAUACGCUGGGUUAUUGGCUUUGUGAAAGACAGUUACCCAGUGGAGGUUUAAACGGAAGACCAGAAAAAUUACCAGACGUUUGUUAUUCGUGGUGGGUUCUAUCUUCUCUGUACAUGAUUGGUCGCUCCCAUUGGAUGGAUAAGGAAGCGCUGAAAAAAUUCAUUUUAGCUUGUCAGGAUACAGAAACUGGUGGAUUUAGUGACAGGCCUGGUGAUAUGCCUGAUCCAUUUCAUACACUUUUUGGAAUUGGUGCGCUUUCAUUAAUUAAUCACGAAGGAAUAAAACGUAUUAAUCCUUGUUAUUGUAUGCCACAAGAAGUCAUAUCAAGGCUUGGCUUAAAGACGCAAAUAUUAUCUUUCCCAUAAUUUUGAAAUACAUACACUUGAGUUUCUUUGGUAUCCAUCCACUUUUUUAAGAGCAAAAGAUAAAUCAUUUCCUUUUUUUUCAACUAAUUAUUUGAUAGUUGUGUACUAAACAUAUAGCAGUACAAAUUAUGAAACUAAAGUAAACCUUGUCUGUGAUACAAUUUUGUUUAUAGAAUCGAUUUUAGCCUAUAUGAGUCGAGUAUGCGUAGCUCAAAUCAAAACAAACUCUUAAUGCAUUCUGGAUAAGUUAUUAUAUAUCAAGUAAUAAUAAAUACUUUUACGGAUA